AUGGAACAAGAAGGAACUACGCCUGAAAGCGAACCUGAUUAUUUACGCGCAUUGACUAAUGAAGAUAGAGAGAAAUAUAAGCAAUUACGUAAUAAGUUUUGCAACAAUCAACAUGAUCAGAAUCAAGUACAAAAUUUGGACGAAAUAAUUAGCCAAAUACACGAUUUCUCUGUUAGAGGUGAUGAGUAUGAUGGCGCUCGAUCUAAUGUUUGCGGUAUUUGUCAAUUGGACAAUGGUAUUGCAGUAAACUCAAUGCACUUGUCCUAUAUGACAGGAAACUCAAAGAACACAAUUAAUUAUGCUUUUAACAAAUUGAACUAUCAAAAUGUCCCAGCAACAACAGAAUUAGUCGAAAAAAUGCCUCAGCUUAAAGAUAACACUCGCGAACUCAGAAUGUGGUCUGUUAAGCGUCUUGCAGACUUAACUCCAGCACCAAAAUUCAAUAUGUCUCGUAAAGUUAUCAUUCAACAAAAGUCUUUAUCUCCUUUACCGAAUCUCCAAUCUACAGCACUAUUUCAUAACCAAUGGAGUUACGAAGAUUACCGUGAGGCUGAACAGGGACAACAACCUCAAGAUGCAACUUUCUUCGAUGAUCCAUUCAGUAUUCCUCUCGAUCAAUGGAAUAAUAGCGAUGAUGAGCAGUAA